UUGCAGAACGGACGUGACCCGAGCCACUAUGCGAAACUUCCGCGGGUCGCUUCCUGUGCCAACCGUGGUCUUGCUCGUGUACUGGCUGCUCGCGGCGGGCGCUGCCCCGGCAUCUUCUACGAAGCGCCAUGAAAACGCAGACAAGCUGCUGUCCUCGGCGGUCCGCGUUGCUGGCGGAGACGCUGUGGACACGCUGACCACGCUCAAUUGCCACCCGCGCGAAUACUUGUUCCGGGCAGCACGUACCGACGCCAAUGGGAGCCGCUGUUGGGACGACGUCACCGUCAUGUCCUGCUGGGGACGAUGCGACUCCAGAAAGUUGCUGCUGCUGCCCCUGCCGCUGGCCCGGGCCGCCGGUCUGCUUCGCCAAGGGAGGGUAGGAUUCGUCCCUGAUGGCGCCUCGACUCUGGCUCCUGCUCCGGUUGCGGCUUCGGCUCCGUGAUUUGUGUCCGCUGCCACCGCCGCCCUGCCCUGGUCCGAGCCUUCCUCCCCGAAUCAACGUGGCCUCCGUGCUCGGCUCCGGCUUCGGCUCCGGCUGCGCCGCUGGCCUUUUUGAGUCGGUCUCUCCCGCAGCCCGUCGGCCGUCUUGAGGCGCUGCUUACCAUAGAGUUAGUAAAACAACUCUAGAGGAAAAGCUGGGCCGGAGAAGUGGGAACCUCUAGGGCGCCGCCCUGUUGCUACUGGUCAAUGUGGCCAGCGCAAUUACUAUUGAAAGAGCUGCAAAGAAGUACAGGUCACCUUAUGCUUUGUCAUCUAAAAACGCAUGCCUGAUGGCUUUAUGAAGGUAGUGCGUUAAUAUUAGGUUUACAGAAAGCGAUCGCUAAGUCCGUGACUUAUGUAAAUCACGAUGUACGCAUUCAUGAAAUAAAGGAUGACGCGAA